CGCACAGUAUAUAUAAACCGAUUCAAGAAUUUGGUUACAAAACUAAAAAUAAAAGUCAGAAUUAAUUUAGAGGUAUAAAACUAUAAAACUUUACUGCUGUGAGUAUUAAAUAUGUAACUUAAAUGGAGGAAUCAUUCGGUGGAAACUUGAAUAAGUUUCAGCAUAAAAAUGACUUGAAAGACAUUGACAUUAAUAAGCUUAAUCCCCUGUCUCCUGAGAUCAUCAGUAGGCAGGCAACAAUCAACAUCGGAACAAUUGGUCAUGUGGCUCACGGGAAAUCUACUGUCGUGAAAGCAAUUUCAGGAGUACAGACUGUCAGAUUCAAAAAUGAAUUGCAAAGAAACAUUACAAUUAAGCUUGGAUAUGCCAACGCAAAGAUCUAUAAAUGUGAUGACGAGAAAUGUCCACGUCCAGGGAAUUACAGAUCAUGUGGAAGUAAUAAGGAAGAUGAUUUCCCCUGCGACAGGCCAGGAUGUAAUGGCCGAUUCAGGCUAAAAAGGCAUGUGUCAUUUGUUGAUUGUCCAGGCCACGACAUUCUUAUGGCCACCAUGUUGAACGGUGCUGCCGUCAUGGACGCUGCCCUCCUGCUAAUAGCUGGUAAUGAAUCAUGUCCCCAACCACAGACAUCAGAGCAUCUUGCUGCCAUAGAAAUCAUGAAACUGAAACAUCUCCUAAUCCUGCAGAACAAGAUAGAUAUUGUGAAGGAGAGUCAAGCCAGAGACCAGUAUGAACAGAUCUUGAAAUUUGUGCAAGGGACAGUCGCAGAGGGCGCUCCAAUCGUCCCCAUAUCUGCCCAGCUAAAAUAUAACAUAGAAGUCAUAUGUGAAUAUGUUACAAAAAAAAUCCCAGUGCCUUUGAGGGACUUCACUUCUGCACCCAGACUUAUAGUUAUCCGAUCAUUUGAUGUGAACAAGCCUGGAUGUGAGGUUGAGGACCUUAAGGGGGGAGUAGCCGGAGGCAGUAUUCUAAAGGGCGUCUUAAAGGUUGGUCAAGAAAUCGAGGUUCGUCCAGGAAUUGUAGCUAAAGACGCUGAUGGAAAAUUAACAUGUAAACCCAUCUAUUCAUCAAUUGUGUCACUCUAUGCUGAGCAAAACGACCUCCAGUAUGCUGCCCCAGGUGGUCUAAUAGGUGUUGGCACCAAGAUUGACCCUACCCUGUGCAGAGCUGAUCGUAUGGUGGGACACGUCCUAGGAGCAGUUGACACUCUCCCAGAAAUCUACACUGAAUUGGAAAUUUCAUAUUUCUUGCUCAGGAGAUUGCUGGGUGUCCGAGUUGAAGGAGAUAAAAAAGGAGCCAAGGUGGCCAAACUCUCAAAGAAUGACAUUCUGAUGGUAAACAUUGGCUCACUGUCCAGCGGAGGUAGAGUGUUGGCUGUAAAGGCUGAUUUAGCAAAAAUAGGUCUCACCAACCCUGUGUGUACUGAAAUAGGAGAAAAAAUUGCAUUGAGCAGAAGAGUGGAAAAACAUUGGAGGUUGAUCGGCUGGGGACAAAUCAGAAGAGGGGUAACUGUAAAACCACUAUCACCAGAUGAUUCGUAAAUAUUGUUGUGUCAAGCGAUGCAGCGAAUUAUGUUUCUGCCCAACUGAAGAUCACGUUAUAGAACUGUCCAAGAAGUGGUCAUAAAUUGGGACUUCACUUGGUGUUAUUUUAUGUAAAUCUCCAUUUACAAAGUCUGAAUGGGCGAAUAUGAGAUCUAUCUCUGCAUUCACAAACUAUAUAAAUAAAUAGAUAACUGUAUAUAUAGGAGACACAACCACAAAAGUUAAUAAAAUUUCUAAGGAACACUGCGAACUGUUUUAUUUAAUGAUUAAAAGUACACUUGAAAAAGGAAAAUUGCUAUCAGGAUACAUCAUGGAUUACUGGUCAAAAUUGAACUAUUGACCAGUUGCUAUAUUAUUUUCUACACAACAGCUGAUCCAGAUGGAAAAUAAGCCUCUAGGCUUGUGAGCCCUGCUUGUGAUGAACCAUUUCACUGAUAUGCUUUGUAUAUAAAGCCGAGGGAGUCAGUGUGUACACGGUGUAAAGCGUAAAUAUAGUGAUCAUGGAACUAUUUUUGUGUAUUACAUGUAUAUGGGAAAUAUUUCUGUAAACUAAAAUUAAAUAAAUAAAUACAGAAUAUUUGUAUUUCAAAUCAUAACAAAUCUUAGUUUAUUGGUACAUUUUCUAUACAUGCAAUCGGAAAAUAUUUAAGCGAUGCAUUUGUCUGGGCAAUUGGUCAUAUGUAUAGGUGAUUGGUCAUACGUAUAAGUUGACGUUUUGAUUUUUUUAUGCAAGCUUAA